CCAGCUGUCCUCUGAGCGCCAAAACUCAAACUCAGAACGAGCGGGAGACAUAGAAGGCGCGCUGUGUGAUCUGUGUGAGCGGGUAUUGUGUGUUCUCCGGAGACCAUGGCCACCCCACCUAAGAGAAUAUGUACCGACUCCCCGCCUUCACCUACCUCAUCCACCUCCUCUCCGGGGAAAAAGAGCAAGAUCAAGAGGAUCUCCAUAGAGGGCAAUAUCGCUGCUGGUAAAUCUACUUUUGUCUGCCUUCUCAAUAAAUGCAACGAGGACUGGGAAGUUGUUCCUGAACCUAUAGCAAGAUGGUGCAACAUCCAGAGCAGUCAAGAUGAGUUCCAGGAGCUAACGGCGUCUCAGAAAAGUGGUGGAAAUCUUCUUCAGAUGAUGUAUGAGAAGCCGGAACGCUGGUCCUUUACGUUUCAGUCUUAUGCCUGUCUUAGCCGUAUUCGUGCCCAACUAAAAGCUUUCAGUGGGAAAUUAAAAGAAGCAGAGAAUCCUGUGCUGUUUUUUGAGCGUUCUGUCUACAGUGACAGGUACAUCUUUGCUUCUAACCUGUAUGAGGCAGAAUCUCUGAAUGAGACAGAAUGGACAGUAUAUCAGGACUGGCAUGACUGGAUGAAUUCCCAGUUCUGUGUUGAUCUUGAAUUGGAUGGAAUUAUUUAUCUUCGCGCUGAUCCUGAGAAAUGUCUGAACAGGAUUCACACCCGUGGAAGGGAUGAAGAACAAGGAAUUCCAAUGGAAUACCUAGAAAAACUUCAUUACAAGCAUGAGAGCUGGCUUCAUCACAGGAACAUGAAGAUGGAUUUCUCCUAUCUGCAAGAAGUACCCAUCUUGACACUUGACGUGAAUGAAGAUUUCAAGCAUGAUAAGCAGAAACAAGCAUGCAUGAUUGAAAAGGUUAAAGAGUUUUUAAGCACGUUAUAACAUUGUGAAGACCCGUGUGUUUCGUAGACGCUGUUACUCUCAAUAUUAGAAGAAGGAAUAUGUUCCACAGUUUUUACAAUUUUUGUAAACUUUCUAAAGCUGACCACACACCUUUCAAACUCCUACCAUCUCCUUUUUUAGGUAUACCAGCAAGCAAUGAUGUGUCUUUCAUAGUUUAUAUAAACUUUGGGUAGGCCCUCACAUUAAAAGGGGUUGUACAAUUGAAUUGUAAAAAUAAUGGCCAGCUUUAAGAAGUUGUGCCUCAUCACGUUAUGCUUCCUCUUUGGUUACAUUUGGUGAUUGGUAUGUAUUUCUAUUUCUGUGUAUAUAUUUUAAUUUAAAACAGGUAUUCUUAAAUUUUA